AUGGGGGUGACGUUUUCAUCCCUGUACGAGUCGCUAUUCUGGUGGCGACGUAAAGCGCCUAUGCGCAUCCUCAUGCUGGGGCUGGACAGCGCAGGCAAAACCACCAUUCUUUACCGACUCCAGCUCGGUGAGGUCAUUUCCACCAUUCCUACCAUUGGUUUUAAUGUUGAGACGGUCGAAUACAAAAAUAUCCAACUACAGGUGUGGGAUCUAGGUGGUCAGUCCAGUAUUCGUCCGUACUGGCGCUGCUAUUAUGCCGAUACGGCCGCCAUUAUUUACGUUGUGGAUGCCUCAGACCAUGCGCGCCUACCAACGGCCCGAGCCGAGCUUCUUGCGAUGCUUUCAGAAGAGGAGCUCGCAAAAUGCAAGCUUCUGGUGUUUGCAAAUAAGCAAGAUCUUGAGAAUGCUAUGGAUGAGGCCCAGGUCGGCAAGGCGAUUGGUCUGGACGAGCUGCGUGACCGACAAUGGAGUAUAUGGCGCUGCAGUGCUAAGGACGGCACUGGCUUACAAGAAGGCCUCGACUGGCUCGUUGAUGCGCUUCGCAAUUAA